CUCAUUCACUGUACGUAUGACGUGAUCUCCGCUAGCUUUUCGAACGAGAAACAAGAUGGAUACUCUCAUAUUGGAACCCUCCCUGUACACCGUGAAAGCAAUUCUCAUUCUGGACAACGAUGGAGACAGACUUUAUGCCAAGUAUUAUGAUGACACAUACCCCACAGUGAAGGAACAGAAAGCGUUUGAGAAGAACAUAUUCAACAAAACACACAGGACAGACAGUGAGAUAGCAUUACUGGAAGGCCUCACGGUUGUCUACAAGAGCAACAUUGACCUCUUCUUUUAUGUGAUUGGAAGUUCACAUGAAAAUGAGCUUAUGCUCAUGGCUGUUCUGAACUGCCUUUUUGACUCUCUCAGUCAGAUGUUGAGAAAAAAUGUUGAGCGCAGGGCAUUGUUGGACAAUAUGGAGGGGCUCUUCCUCGCUGUGGAUGAAAUUGUAGAUGGAGGGGUGAUUCUCGAAAGUGACCCUCAGCAAGUUGUUCACCGUGUGGCCCUAAGAGGGGAUGAUGUGCCUUUGACUGAGCAGACCGUCACCCAGGUUCUUCAGUCUGCUAAAGAACAGAUCAAGUGGUCACUUCUACGGUAGUCGCAGCAGAAGUGCCACUUGUUGCACGGCUCGGUCGUCAUGGCACUGAUCCACAUCCUCCUUUUCCUCUUCUGCAAUCACUGCUGUGAGCUGGCCAAUCCUGUCACACCUCAUUCAACUGUUCUCUCCUUUUUAAAAAUCCUUUCUGUACAGCUCGCUGUGUGGCACGUAUAAUAGCGGGAUCAAUUAAGGUCUACAUUCCCGUAUCCGGGCUGAACUGCUCUCUUUGUAUUUUUUCAUGAUGAAAACCAGCAGAUCUCUCCAUGAUCCUUGUCAACCCAGCUGGUGACAACAUUCCAUGCAUCCCAUUUUGUUCUUAUUAUUCGUUGAUCUUAUGUACUGUAAUGUCAUCACUGGUUACAGGUUUAUUUCAUUUUGCCUUCUUUUGUCAUCAGACAAUUUCAAUAAAUGUUUGUUGAUGCGAGCUAACAUUUUAUUGCACAUUGUGUAGUUGUUUUGAACAAAACCUAAUUUUAUGUCCAUAAUGAUGUGAGCCAUUAAGCUAGAUUGGCACGACCAGAGCUUCCUCGAGUGGCUUUUGUCCUUCACGCUUGAUAAAAGCAAGAGCUCCAUCUGCUGUUUUUUUCAUCACAAUGCAACAGUUGCGUUUCACUGGAGACUGCUUCUUUCAUCCUGCCGUGAACAGACGACUUUUCAGUGUUGUGAUGUGUGCACAUAUACGUUUUGAUUGAUUCAUUCCUCCUAUUUCGCCACUAUGCAUGACAAAUCGUAUUCAUCCAUGAUUGCGCCCCCAUCUUCACACUCUGUCCAUACACUCAUUUUAGUGUAAAUGAAGGAUAACCCGUAGAGUGAAAUGGAUUAAGAAUGGGCGCAACAGCAUGUAAUUAUGUUAUGAAUAUUAUAGAGGAUGGAUGAAAUGAUUAUAUGCAUUCUUCCAAAAAGGUAUCCACAUUGCAUGCUGAUGUCUUGCAGUAAUGUGUAACGGUUGGAGACAAAUUUGCAACCAUGGUAGUCAGCAUGUUAUUGAAAUUAAUUUGUGUCUUUUGUGUUCACAAACUGUUACCUAGAAAUUGUUACUGACAGGUUUCAACAUGUCCUUUGACAGAAUCAAAGAAAAGCAUAUAGCCAGUAGUUAAGGCAAUCUUUUUGUAACUGGAAAUAUUUUUUACAUCUGGUAAUUUGGUCUAGACGUCUAAGUAUAAAACAAAUGCGAAAUGCUCGUGAGAGUUAACCAAAGAGCAUCUAAAACAUUUGUAAUGUUCGACUGCAAAAAGUAAUAAAUGUGAGAAAUAAAACUUUAUGGCCCAAAGGAAAACUGUUGUAACUCAUCCACUGGUUAAAAGGAUCAAAUAAAGUUGGCAUUCCCCCUUA